AUUCCCAAGUUCAUCACGUUGACGAAGGGGAAAUUUGCCAUGGUGGCCUUGCUCGCGCUUGCUGACUCGGAAGAGGCAGGUGCUCUGACUCCCGUAUCUCCAUCGUAUUAUUCCCGUGCAUCGAUCUUUCAUGGCCGCCCAGUAAGGUCGACGCAUUUGCCCAAAAUCAUACCGUCCAAGUGUCAUGGCGAGAUAGCACUCCAUAACGUCACCUUCGCGUAUCCCUCCCGACCUUCCGUACUGGUCCUGUGAGACGUCUCCAUCUAUCUUCCCGCUCUUCCCACUUCAGAAACCACUUUUGUUGUAGGGAGCUCCGGACCCGGAAAGUCGACCAUUGCGUCACUUCUCCUUCGGUUGUAUAAGCCUCGGAGCGGGCAGAUAGAGCUCGACGACCAAGAUAUUGCCUAUUUGGACGACAACUGGACGACUGAACACAUCUGUCAUUUCCCAAAACUGUAUCCUAUCUGACAUAAGUGUUCAUGACAAUGUUGCCAUGGGACUUGCCGGAAGUGAAACUGGGAGAAAGCCGGAACACGCGACAAGGGCAGAAGUCGUGCAGGCUUGCCAGGCCGCUAUGAUUCCUGAUUUCAUCCGCGAUUUACCCGACGGAUAUGAGAUGAAGCUAGGCAAUGGAGGUGCGAACUUGAGCGGUGGUCAGAAGCAAAGGCUAGCUAUUGCGCAAGCACGAUUAAGGAAUCCUUCUGUAUUAAUUCUUGAUGAAGCUACUUCUGCCUUGGAUCCUACUUCUCACGUCUUGGACUUUGUCUAUGUCUUGAAGAAUGGUACCGUCAUCGAGCAAGGCUAUCGCGCUGACCUUGAGCGAUCUGAAGGUGAAUUCAAGGCAAUGAUGGGCUCCCAAGUGGUUGCAGAUGUGUCAACAAUUGACGAUACAGAGCGCCCAGAAUCGGUAACAAUGGAGGGGGAUGAGGAAAAAGACUCAGUCUCUCAACCGUUCUCUCGCUUUAUUCUUGCCGACGCAUUCACAGCCCAGCACUCAGAGAGACGACGACGACCUUCCAGUGUUCAGGUUAUCCCCGCAUUUCCGCCGCCCCCUUCUCAGACUCUCACUACCCAUACGCGCCGAUACAGCCUUCAAUUCACACUAACCUCGCCAGCAUUCUCUCACCAUUCCGCAACUUCUUUGUUGAUCAAGAAGGAUAAUUGUGCUGUGACGAGAUGGAGGUCGACUAGACCGUCUCGCAUGAACCGACGCAGAGCGACUCUUGCUGACAUUCACGAGUUACUGGAUUUGGUCACGGAUACCAAGGUGGAGAAGAAUUUGUCUUCAUCAUCUGAAAAGAGUCUACAGUUGUCUCCCGACAAUGACGACCCCAUUCAUUUUGGGCCGCUCGUCGUAUUUGCUCUGAUCAUUUGCUUGCUGAGCAGCGGUACUGUCACCCCCAUUUUCUCCUUCGUCCUUUCUCGACUUUUCUUUGAGGUUUCUAACGAAGCCCAGAACACCUCUGUCAUCAACACCUUCGGCGCCAUCGUUCUCAGCAUCGCAGCUGUUGAUGGUCUUCUCAUGGGCUUGAAAUACUUUAUCAUGGAGACUCGCAUUCCGCACCAUCUUGAAGCAGGACAAGAAGUGGAUGGGGACGACGCGUGGACGCUUAUUGUUAUCGCCAUUGCACAGUUUGUUGUGGUCAGUGCCAUGCUCACUGUAGAGUUUCUAUGGGCGUUGGUACGCGGGUGGCAGAUGACACUCGCUGGGUGUGCUAUUACUACUGUCUUUGCCGGAGUGAUGGCCCUUCAAGCCAAACUCGUCGCAAGCUGGGAUUAUGCAAUAAACGCGUCCGAGUAGAUGUUUCAAAAGUUUACUACAAGGUAAAUUGUUUGACAUCAGGUCUAGAAUUGAAUACGUAUCUGACUCUUCUAAUAUAGACCAUCA